GGAUGAAGAAAAAUGAAGAACCAAUCAGGGGAAAUUGAGUUCAUUCUUCUUGGACUGACUGAUGAUCCACUGUUGCAAACUUUGAUUUUCUUGUUUCUCUUUUUCAACUACAUUUUGAGCCUGAUGGGAAAUUUAAUUAUCAUUCUCCUUACUCUGCUGGAUCCCUGCCUCAAGACUCCAAUGUAUUUCUUCCUCCGAAAUUUCUCCUUCUUGGAAAUGUCAUUGACAACAGCCUGUAUUCCUAGAUUCCUGACAACCAUUGUGACUAAAAACAAAAUAAUUUCCUACAAUAGUUGUGCAGCUCAAUUAUUCUUUUUCCUUUUAUUAGGAGUCACUGAAUUUUACCUUCUGGCUGCCAUGUCCUAUGAUCGGUAUGUGGCCAUCUGCAAACCCUUACAUUACCCCACUAUUAUGAGCAGCAGAGUAUGUUAUUAUCUGGUACUCAGUUCAUGGGCAGCUGGUUUUCUGAUUACCUUCCCACCACUGGUCAUGGGAUUGAACCUGGAAUUUUGUGCUUCCAAAGUAAUUGACCAUUUCAUGUGCGACACUUCUCCUGUCCUGCAGAUUUCUUGCACUGACACUCACUACCUGGAGUUAAUCUCUUUUGUUUCAGCAGUUAUAACGCUUGUGGUGACAUUGCUGUUAGUGGGCCUUUCCUAUACAUAUAUAAUCAAAACCAUUCUAAAAAUUCCCUCUGCUCAGAAAAGAACGAAAGCAUUUUCCACUUGUUCUUCUCACAUGAUUGUGGUUGCCCUUACUUAUGGCAGCUGCAUUUUCAUUUACAUGAAGCCAUCAGCAAGAGAAAGGGUGGCCUUAUCGAAAGGGGUAGCUGUUAUCUACACCUCAGUUGCCCCUUUGUUAAAUCCCUUUAUUUACAGUUUGAAGAACCAGCAAGUUAAACAAGCUUUCAAGAAUGUACUAAAAAAGAUUUUGAUUUCUUUCAAGAAAUAA